CCUCCCCUCCAGUCCUCCACCGAUCGAUCCAAGUCACCCGAAUCAAAUGCCAUUGGCGCCGCUCGCCGGGGCCGCCGCCGGCGCCCGCGUCAGCCGCCGCCCGAACCUCUCCCUCCUCGCCGACCGCUGCACCACCACGCGCUCGCUGGCCCGCGUCCACGCGGCCAUGCUCGUCUCCGGCCGCCUCGCCGAGAACGCCUUCGCGGCGUCUCGCCUCCUGGCCGCCUACGCCGCGCUUUCCCCGGACCCCCCUGCCGCCACGCUCGCGCUCCUCUCCUCCGUCCCCAUCGCCACCAACACCUUCAUGCUCAACACAACCAUCCGGGCACUCGCCUCCUCCCCGGACCCUGCCGCCGCGUUCCCCUUCUUCGCGCGCCUCCGCGCCACCGGCGCCCUCGCCGCGCCCGGCCAGCACGCCUUCUCCUUCCUCCUCAAGGCCGCCGCGCGCCUCCCGCACCCGCUCCCCGUCGCCGGGCAGCUCCACGCGCUCGCCAUUCGGCGCGGCGUGCACCUGGACGCCUACGUCGCCAACGGGCUCGUCCGGGCCUACUCUGUGGUCGGCCGCCUCGGCGCCGCGCGCAGGGUGUUCGACGAGGUGCCCGAGCGGAACGCGAACCUGUACACCACGGUCGUCUCCGCGUACGCGCAGAACGGACGGCAUGAGGGCGCCUUGGCGGUGUUCGACGAGAUGGUCCGCGAGGGGUUUGAACCCGGCGGCGCUACGCUGUCAUCUGUGCUGUACGCGUGCGCGCGGUCCUCGUCGGGUGGGCUCCAGAUGGGGCGCCGUGUGCACAACCUCAUGGUGGCGCGGGGCGGGGCGGAGGGGACCAUCCUCGGCACGGCGCUCGUUGACAUGUAUGCCAAGAAUGGUGCCAUCCAGGAGGCGGUGGCAGUGUUCGACGGGAUGCCGGAGCGGCGCGUGGCAGCAACUUGGAACGCCCUGAUCUCGGGGCUGGCGCACCACGGCCAUAGCAAGCGCGCGCUGGAAGUGUUCGAGAGGAUGCAGCAGGAGGGUGUGCCGCCAAAUGCAAUCACACUCGUCGGGGCGCUCUCAGCAUGUUGCCACGCAGGGCUGCUGAACGAGGCCCGCCGACUGUUCAGGUCCAUGAAAGACUUUGGAAUCGCUCCAGGCAUCCAGCACUACGGGUGCAUGGUCAACCUCCUUGGCCGGGCAGGGCUUCUAUCGGAGGCAGAGGAGAUGAUAAGGGGAAUGAAAUGCAAAGCGGACGCCAAGACUUGGGGAGCACUUCUGGCAGCUUGCAAGAAUCAUGGCGACGUUGAGAUCGCCGAGCGGGUGGUGGUGGAGAUGCUGAAACUGGAUCCUAGCAACCAUGGGGUGUAUGUUGUGCUGUCUAACUUGUAUGCAGAAGCUGGAAGGUGGCAGGACGUGGACAAGAUGAGGAUGGUGAUGAAGGGAGAACGGCUAUCAAAGAUCCCUGGGGCUAGCACAGUCGGUGAAUCACUGGAGCAACUGGAGAUCCCUGGGGCUAGCACAGUCGGUGAAUCACCGGAGCAACUGAAGAUCACCACCACCAGAUAAGGUGCUGGACUAAUUGCACUGGCUGGUGGCUUUGUG